GUUUCCUCUUUGGCAUCACACAAGGCAGCAACAACUAGCUAUAGCCUAUAGCUAGCUACUCAGAGGAAAGCUAAACCAUCACAUUUCAAAGUUUUCCUCGAGUCCUCCUCAAAACUAGCUAGCUUUAGAGACCCGUGCCCGUGCGCGCGUACACAUAACAUAACCCAGUAGCGUUGGAAGGCAGAUGGACCGCGUGAUGAAGCUGGCGUCGGAGCGAGCGGUGGUGAUCUUCACCCUGAGCUCCUGCUGCAUGUGCCACACGGUGUCGCGGCUCUUGUGCGACCUGGGCGUGAAUGCGCUGGUGCACGAGCUAGACCAAGACCCUAGGGGAAAGGAGAUGGAGAGAGCUCUGCUCAAGAUGCUCGGGAAAGGCCCGUCAGUUCCGGUGGUGUUCAUCGGCGGGAAGCUUGUGGGCGGGACGAACAGGGUCAUGUCCAUGCAUCUCAGCGGCGAGCUGGUCCCAAUGCUGAGGAAUGCAGGUGCCCUCUGGCUAUAGAGGAAUGCAUGCAGGUGUGCCGCUUGGGAAAUAAAAUUUUGUCAAAGAGUGUCAAGUAUAUGCAUUUUCUUAUAGUAGAAUAAUGACCUAAUGACCUAGUUAGCGUCGACCGAGCAGGUUUUUUCAAUCCUGUUCCGGCGGUAACAGGUGCUAGGAGCGAGUUUUACGUACGUACGGGUGAUGUUCGUGUUGUAAUCCCAGUGCUAUCUGUGCAGGUGUACAACCCUUUUUUCUUUCAAAGAGCUACUAGUUGAUAAAUACUGUAUAUGUGUAACCAGUUCAUUAUAUUAUCAAAUGACACGUGCACAUCUUUGACGUA